CAGCUGCUAACAAGAGAGGAGCCACCUGCAUCAUUAUCACCUUUCAGCCACAUGGUACAGCAUGAACACUUUCACACACUCUACUUUCUCUCUCUGCAUCAUUAUCUCACCUUUUUUUUUGGACAGAGCAGCUCGGCUGAACUUUGACAUGUGAACAUAAUGAAGACAAAAGGAGGAGAUAACGUGCAAGCAACUUUGAACAGUUUGUAAUCUAUGACUGAUAAAAAGUGGAAAAAAAAGAGUGGAAAUUGUCAAGGCCCAUCUUUUUGAUUUUGCCACAGGAUGAAGUGUUGUCUAUAGAAGUCUGUACAGGGUCAAAGUUGAUAUGGAUAAGAUCUGUAUUGAAAUUGCUCAUUGUGAAUUGAGUCAAUUUGGCAAUGAGCAAGGAUCCAAAAAAAAAAAAGCUGGAUAAGCAGCAUCCAAUAAUGGUUCUGAAAAUAAGCAUUAUUUCUACUCCUGAAAGAUUGAUAAGUUGAUCAGACAUACAGUACAUGAAAUACAUUUUGAGAGAUUUUGGUUUCAUUUCAGCAAUCAGUUGCCUGCAGGUUCAAAUCCUGCAGAUGGCUUUAUUUCUGGCAGAUUGAUUAGCGCUCUCAUUUACCGUCAUAAGUAAGGUGUGCACAUGCAUUUUGGAUAUUUCGUUAAUAAAUUUGCAAUAGUACAAUAUAAUAAUAUUUAUUAUAAAUCUAUUUUUGCAGUGCUUUAAAUUAUGAAAAAUGACUUCUGACAAAUCAUCAUGCUGACUCUACAGUGAAGCUUGAUUAUAAUUAAUUUCCCUUAGGAGGAGAAAGACACACUACGUCAUCCACACAGCCUUUUAAAUCCCCCUUGGUAUUUCUCUUAGGGAUCUAGUCGGGAUUUGGAGAUGGAAAGAACACCAAACUCUAAAGAAACUGAGCAUGGUGGAGGAUGGAGGGUCUGGAUAUUUUUAUUGUGCUCCACAUGUUUCAACCCCAUCAUCUGUAGCCGCACGAACCAGAACAGGCUGCUGGUAGGAUUCCAGGCUCCUCGCAAUUUAUCCUUUCCAUUCAGUUCUUCAAAACUGGGCUCGGCCAUGCAGAUUGCCAUAGAUAAAAUUAAUUCCAACCCAUCCUUUGUUGAAAAUUAUACCCUUGAUUUUGUGUAUGUGGACACCGAUUGUAAAGCGAAGAUAUCACUUGGAGCUUUCAUUGACCAAAUUCAAAGAGAAAACAUAUCAGCCCUCUUUGGGCCACCAUGUCCUGAGGAAGCUGAGGUCACUGGACUUCUUGCAUCCAUUUGGAACAUCCCAAUGUUUGCCUUUGUUGGGCAGACCAACAAAAUGGAUAAUACUCUUAUGUACGACACUUACAUUAAAAUUGUCCCUCCGCUUAAAAGAGUGGGAGAAGUUUUGCUCAAGGUAUUGGAGUUCUUUGGGUGGAAGAAUGUUGGUAUAAUUGGAGGAGGUGCAGACUCUAAUACAUGGGACAAAGUGGAUGGACUUUUUAAAUCUGUGGAACAGAAACUCCAAGGCAAAGCAACAGUGACAGGCAGCAUUAAGUUUGAUUUCAGUGAUCAGGAACAGAUUUCUAAGAAUAUGAAAUAUAUCUCCAAAGUUGCAAGAGUGAUCAUAGUGUUAAGUAAUGCUGAAGAUGCCACUAGGCUGGUGAUGGAGGCUGAAAGACAAAGCUUGAUGAAUGGAGAGUAUGUUUUUCUUGUGGUACAACAGUUUGAGGUCAGUGGCAAUGUGGAUAACCUGUGGAAAGCUGCUUUGAGUAACAACAGCCAAAGGGCCCUGAAGGCAUUUGAUAUGGUGUUUGUCAUUGCUGAGAAGUCUUAUGAAGGCUACGAUUAUUAUGACUUCUUUGAACGUGUACAUGAGAGGUUGAAAGGGGCCCCAUUUUACAGCAAUCUUUCUUCUGACAGAGAAGUAAGCCCUUAUUCGAGCUACCUACACGAUGCUGUCUUGCUCUAUGCCAUGGCACUAAAGGAAGCUCUCAAAGAUGGCAAAGACCCUCAUAAUGGGCGAGAUGUUCUUAAGAAGCUCAGAGACAAAAACAGCAUUAGGUUUUACGGAGCCUCAGGUCUAGUUCAUUUCGAUGAAAAUGGAGAGAGGAACACAGACUAUUCUUUGUAUGACUUGCAACUAUAUGAAGGCACUGUAAAAUUUGUCGCCAUUCUAGCCUUUGACAGUCAUACAAAAAUAAUCAAAACAACAUCAAGGUUUUCAUCAGUGAUUUGGCCAGCAGGAAAAAUACCAGCAGAUAAACCAGAAUGCGGCUUUGACAAUGAACUCUGUGAAUGGCUAAACAGUGAGAUAUAUCUGGUGUCGUUGUUGGUGGCCAUGCCACUGAUUGGAGUGCUAGCGGUGAUCCUGAUUACACUCCUGACCCUACAAAAGACCCGUCUGCAGACAAAACUAGAUGAUUCCAACUGGUGGCUCAUCGACUACAGUGAUAUCACUAUUCUCACAGAACCUAAGGGAUGGCAGUCGUUAUCAUUACAUACAACUCCUAGUAAAAGUGGAAGUGGUGGCUCUCAGACCAUGAUUUCCUCUAACAGCUUUGGACUAAAAGACAAAAAUGGCAAAGAGACCAUCUAUGCAACAGUCGGCUUGUACCAGGUACAGACAGUCAAAGAGUCUACUACAUCAUCACAGGGAAACCAUGUGAGCCUCAAAUACCUGGACAAUCAACUUCUACGUGACAUCAAGAGGCCAUCUAUUAUUGCUGAGUUCAAUGUGAUGAGGGAGCUUAAACAUGAGAACUUGGUACAGUUUUUUGGAGUUUGCAAUGAACCCCCUAAUAUCUGCAUAGUUAUGCAGUACUGCAAAAAAGGCAGCUUAAGGGACAUUCUCAGGAACAAUGAGAUUGACCUGGACUGGAUGUUUAAACUAUCCUUUGCAUAUGACAUUGUCAAUGGAAUGGACUACAUACACAGGAGCAAUUUGAAGUCUCAUGGCAACCUGAAGCCAACCACAUGUCUAGUGGACAGUCGGCUACAGGUCAAACUGUCCGGCUUUGGUCUAUGGGAGUUUAAACAUGGCACCAAACACAGACUGAUCCCGUUUGAAAACCCCAAAUACGAAGAGUUGUUCUGGAUUGCUCCAGAGCUUCUGAGAGAAGUGCACCUUCCGUUUAAUGGUACUCAAAAAGCAGAUGUGUUUAGCUUUGCAAUAAUCAUGCGAGAGUUGAUCUACAGCACAGAAUUGGGACCGUACUCUGAUAUACAGUUGGAGCCAAAAGAAAUCAUCAAGCAGCUCAGGGCACCUCUAGCAGGGGAUCCCCUCAGACCUACUCUGUCGCCGCAGAUGUGUGACGAAGCCUUGAUUACUCUUCUGAAUGCAUGCUGGAGUGAGAAUCCCGACCAAAGACCCCCUUUUAGUUCCAUUAAGAGAAGCCUGCGAGCAAUCAGCCCUGACAACUACGGUAAUAUCUUGGAUAAUAUGGUAAACAAGCUGGAAAAAUAUGCUAAUCACCUAGAGGAGGUGGUUGAGGAGAGGACCAAUCAACUCACUGUAGAAAAGAUCAGAGCUGAUAAACUUCUCUGUAGUAUGCUUCCCAGACACAUAGCAGAUCAGUUAAUGUCAGGGAAGUCAGUAGAGCCCAGGAGCUAUGAGCUGGUGACCAUUUUCUUCUCUGAUAUUGUCGGCUUCACCACCAUGUGUGCGAUCAGCUCAGCGCUGGAGGUAGUGACACUCCUCAAUGACCUUUACAGCCUAUUUGAUGAGAUCAUCAAACUCUAUGAUGUAUAUAAGGUGGAAACUAUAGGAGAUGCAUAUAUGGUGGCAAGUGGGCUGCCUAUAAGCAACGGGACCAGGCAUGCAGAAGACAUCUCGAUUAUGGCCCUUCAUUUCCUUAGUGAAAUUAAACAAUUCAGAAUCAAACACUUGCCCAAUGAGAAGCUGGCUCUACGGAUAGGGAUCAACUCUGGUCCAGUGGUUGCCGGUGUUGUUGGAACUACGAUGCCCCGCUACUGUUUGUUUGGAGACACGGUGAAUACUGCCUCUAGGAUGGAGAGCAACAGUGAGCCGAUGAAGAUACAUAUCUCCCAGAGUACCGCUGAAAUUCUCAUGAAGAUUGGCUCUUAUGAGCUCGAGGCUAGAGGAGACAUCGAGCUGAAGGGAAAAGGAUUACAGAAGACUUUCUGGUUAAACAAUAAAUUGGGUUUGAAGUUUCCUGUCAUGCAGCAACAUUAUGAUAUGAAACCAAGUCUAGAUCCCAAGGUGACAUACAAACCAAUUAUCGGUAGUGAUGUGGAGAAUAAGGAAAAAGGAAGAGCACAGAUCCAAGUAGAUAAAAUACCUGGUGCUUAUACACUCACAGUUCCUGACAUCUAGAGACCAAUCAUAGAAACUACCUCUGUGUUUAGCUCUUUGGAUUAUAACCAGUAGUACUUUUUGACAAAUGAAAAGUAAACAUAAGAAGCACUGUUAAAUUUACUCCCAAAAAUUUAAUUGGUUUCUAAUCAAACCA